AGCAAGCUUAUGCAAAUACGAUCGCACCGAGAUUUUAGAAUAGUAAGUUUAAUUUUAGAUUUUCUCUCGUGAAAGUGCAUCUGGCGCCAUAAGUUGAGUGAACGUUUUGACCAUUAGAUUGUUCUGUAAUUCAAAAUUCAGUCGAGCUAAAUCUUUAAAAAGAACUUGCGAUUUUUGACUCGUUAAUAAUGUCCGUCAUUCCGGAAAAUUUUUCACACGAAAUGAUCAUGGAUUCCAAAUUCGAAACUAUUAAACCGCCAAAUUAUAAAUUUUCAAAUACAUCCACUUGGAGCAGGAGUUCUCUGAGAAGAAACAAGACCCCUAGGAAUUCACUGCGGCGCAGUAUGUCGUCGGAUGAUUGUAUCUGCUUCAUUUGCAAUGAAAUUGAAAUUGCUACUCAACUUGAUCUGAAGAUUGAAUGUGACUUCGUCGGUUUCGGUAUGGUGUUGUCCGAAAGUGACCCACCAGUUGUCAAGUUUGUCUCACCAGAGGGGCCAGCUGUUGCAGCUGGAUUGAAGACUCAAGAUUGUAUUUUGAGCCUGAAUGGAACCAGUACCUCAACAAUGGACUUCGAAGACAUUAAGGCAAUAUUUCUGACCUCACGUCGAGAUUUCCUCACUGGUCGAGACUCCUCCAUACGACUGACGGUCGAGAGACGCCAAAUGCAGCAAGAAUACUGAUUAAUCGCGAGAUUGCUGCAAUAUCAAAAUAGUGCUAAUACUGAUUGAGAAUCGAUGUCAAUUUUCUAUUUGAGUAGAUUUAGUAAUUAAAUUUACAUUUCGCAUUUA